CUUCCGACUCCUCGGCUGCACCUGACCCAGGCGGAGCAGCUCUGGGCCGAUUCUUCCCGGGACAGGUUGGACGCCAAGCACCGCGAGACCCCUGCAGAGCCCCUUCGUCCCGCUUGGGAGAAGGCCUGCUUGCUGAAUGGCGGCCGUGGAUGACUUGCAGUUUGAAGAAUUCAGCGAUUCCGCCGCUUCUCUAGCAGCCCACCCUGCUGGUGCCCCAAGUGUUAAAGAGCCUGCUGAGACCCCAGACGACCAUGCAGGACCCCCAGGAGGCCUGGGGAGAGAGGAGGACGACGAGUUACUGGGAAAUGAUGACUCUGACAAAACUGAGUUACUUGCCGGACAGAAGAAGAGCUCCCCCUUCUGGACGUUUGAAUACUACCAAACCUUCUUCGAUGUGGACACGUACCAGGUCUUCGACAGAAUUAAAGGGUCUCUGUUACCGAUUCCUGGAAAAAACUUUGUGAGGUUGUACAUCCGCAGCAACCCUGAUCUCUAUGGUAUGUGUGUUGCCUGCUGCCACUGA